CGCAUGCUCAUCGCGGACGACUCCUACACGGUGCGCCGCUUCAUGCAGCGCACCUUCGAGCAGCGGGGCUACGCCGUCGACGUCGCCCAGAACGGCUGGCAGGCCUUCGCGCAGAUGCAGACGCGGCUCUACGACUUUGUGUUUCUGGACAUCGAGAUGCCGGUCAUGAACGGCUACCGGUGCGCGCAGGCGCUGCGCCAGUGGGAGGCGCGCGUCCAGCGCGAGGAGCGCCAGUUCAUCUGCGCCUUGACGAGCCACUCCAAGCCCGCGGAGCGCGAGCUCGGCAUCGGCAUCGGCAUGAAUUUGUUCGAAUCGAAGCCCGCGCGGCCGAAAAGGCUCCUCGACAUCGUC